GGGGAUAGAAAAUGUGCAAGAUGAUACAUUACAUAUGUGCUUCAGUUACUCUGAGGAGAAGCCGAAGUCAGCCGAGGUAGUCUAGCAGGGAGGACAGAUUUUUUGGAAAAGAUGGUUUCAAUUAAAUCGCCUUCUCUGGUGUCGGUGUCCCGCGAACAGGCUCUGCUUAGUGUGGGCUGCUUGACUGUCGUCCUGCUCGCUUUCCUGUUGGUUCGCCAGCUCGUCAAGCAGAGACGACCCCCGGGCUUUCCUCCUGGUCCAUCUCCCAUCCCUGUGAUAGGGAACAUUCUGUCUCUAGCCACCGAGCCGCACGUCUUCCUCAAGACACAGAGUGAAGUUCAUGGACAGAUUUUCAGUAUUGACCUGGGAGGCAUCUUGACCGUGGUAUUAAAUGGAUACGACUGUGUCAGGGAAUGCCUUUACCAUCAGAGCGAGGUGUUUGCUGACCGCCCGUCGCUGCCUUUAUUCAAAAAAAUGACCAAAAUGGGUGGACUUCUCAAUUGCAAAUAUGGCAGAGGCUGGAUUGAACACCGUAAACUGGCUUGCAACUCUUUCCGUUACUUCGGCAGUGGCCAGAGACAGUUCGAGAGGAAGAUCUCAGAAGAGUGUAUGUUCUUUGUCGAUGCCAUUGACGAACACAAAGGAAAGCCUUUCAAUCCCAAACACCUAGUGACUAACGCUGUGUCCAACAUCACCAACCUGAUCAUUUUUGGGCAGCGUUUUACUUAUGACGACCGCAACUUCCAGCACAUGAUUGAGAUUUUCAGUGAGAAUGUAGAGCUAGCGGUGAGCGGCUGGGCCCUCCUCUACAAUGCCUUCCCUUGGAUUGAGUAUGUGCCCUUUGGAAAACACCAGAAGCUGUUCCGCAAUGCUGCUGAGGUGUAUGACUUCCUACUGGAGGUUAUAAAUGGUUUUUCACAGGGCAGGGUGCCACAUGUACCUCGCCACUAUGUCGAUGCCUAUUUGGAUGAGUUGGAGCAGAACGCAGGAGACCCCAGUUCCUCUUUUUCCUAUGAGAACCUCAUCUAUUCAGUGGGUGAGCUCAUAAUUGCUGGCACAGAGACUACUACUAACACCCUGCGCUGGGCCAUGCUGUACAUGGCCCUCUACCCCAACAUACAAGAGAGGGUGCACAGGGAGAUCGACAGCGUGCUGGCCAACGGGAGGGCGCCUACUUUGGAGGACAAACAGAAGAUGCCGUAUGUGGAGGCUGUCCUGCACGAGGUCCUUCGCUUCUGCAACAUUGUCCCACUUGGUAUUUUCCGUGCCACCUCCCAGGAUGCAAAUGUCAACGGGUACACAAUUCCUAAAGGCACCAUGGUGAUCACGAACCUCUACUCAGUGCACUUUGAUGAGAAGUACUGGAACGAUCCAGGAGUUUUCUCACCACAGAGGUUUCUGGACAGCAAUGGCAACUUUGUGAGGCGUGAGGCCUUCCUGCCGUUCUCUUUGGGGAGGCGUCAGUGUCUGGGCGAACAGCUGGCCAAGAUGGAGAUGUUCCUCUUUUUCACCACUUUGUUGCAGAGGUUUCAUCUUCAAUUCCCUCCAGGAACUGUUCCCACUGUCACUCCCAAACUGGGUAUGACCUUACAGCCCAAACCUUACUCCAUCUGUGCGGUCCGCAGGCAACAGAAAAGUCCCUCCUCAAACACUCCUUAUGACAAGUAGGCAAGCAAGUAUUUAUUACAGCUUGUUUGAGCCAGAAUUUUUAUAUUUUGCACAUGUGAUACACCACAUGAUACCGGUGCAUAAAACUGUAUUAGUUUGGAUUGUUAUGUCCAGUUCUGGUGCAGUACAGUUUUUCCAACGGUCUUUCAGUGGUAAAAUAAGCUCUUUACAUAUGGACAUGUGAUCCAGUUUAUUCAGUUAGUAUCCAGUUUUGUACUGAGCAAUAUGCAUGUUUGCACAAUCCUUUUCAGCUGCAAGGGAGACAAAAGACUCUGCUCUGAAAGGACAUCCUGGGAACACAAGUGUGCUAAUGAUUUAGCUCUCUGUAGCUCAGAGUUGCUCUGAGCCCAGACAAUGAAAUGUCUAUGAACCUUGGUGCGGUAGCGAUGGGUUAGGUAUAUGUCAAUGAUUCAUAGUAAGUACACCUAUGAUGGUUCAUAGCCCUGACUUCUCAGGACAGCUUCAGGUCACACAAAUGACACCACUGAACUGUAUGUGUAGGGGGAAAAUUGGACUUUCCAAGAAAGUUCUGAACUCUGUGUAUUGGAGCUGGACAUGGGCCAAGAUCCACAUCAUCUGGACUGACUCUGACCCCUUCUCCUGGGAAAGAGCUCCAUGAAACAUCUGUCUCUUGGAAAGCAAAUGCAACCCUGGUAGAUUUCUAGAAAAGUACUAUGCAACACUGAUUUCCGCUAAAUGGUGCUCAUCAGUACUGAGAAUGUACUACAUUUACAUUCGAGGUUAACGUUUGUUUGUUUGUUUGUACCUUUUUUGCAAUAUUUGUAGUGUUAGGUUUUUUUGUGUAUUCAUAAAAGUCUUUGUAAAAAGA